CUGCUAGGGAAUCCCCCUCAUCAGGUCCAGUUCGCUACCGUGUCCGUGCAAAGGACCGAGGGCUCAAGAUGGAGACUAUCUCCAGGAUAUCCUCGAUGCUGGAAACAGGUAACGUCGUCGCGGGCAGUUGCUUGCCAAUUGUCCUCCGUGUUUGGGUAGAUGAAUUGGCUGAUCGUGCGAGCAGCUCGAGAGCUCACCCUUGAAGCAGCCCAGUCUGCAGCCAUGAGUAGGGGGACUAGUACCGGCUUAUCGAAUCGGAACCUGACUACAUCCCACAUCAAAAAGCUCCUGGAUAGUCGCAAUGACCGGGAGGUCUUGGACGGCAUGCGCCGGGUGAUUACGCUGAUGUACCGAUCCGAACCGUCCCUUCCUUUCUUCUCUGCCGUUGUCAAAAACGUGGCUAGCGCGAAUCUCGAGGUGAAGAAGUUGGUCUAUAUCUAUCUGGUCCACCAUGCGGAGGUGGAACCGGACCUUGCGCUCCUAUCCAUCAAUGCAAUCCAGAAGUCGCUUACUGACCAGAACCCCCACGCGCGGGCUAUGGCGCUUCGCACAAUGUCCGGGAUCAGAGUGCCAGUCAUCAGUCAGAUUGUGUCGCUUGCAAUCAAGAGAGGCUGCGGCGAUAUGAGCCCUCAUGUCCGCAAAGCGGCAGCGCUGGCCAUUCCCAAGUGUUAUCGCCUCGACCCAAAUACCCUCCCCCAACUCAUUGGGUAUCUCACUAUUUUGCUCGGCGAUACCCAGUAUUUUGUUCUCGGACCUACGGUCGCCGCCUUCCUGGAUGUUUGUCCGGACAGGAUCGAUCUCAUUCAUAAGCAUUACCGGAGCCUCGUGAAGAAGCUCGUCGACAUGGAUGAAUGGAGCCAGCUUUCAACGUUGCGCCUUUUAACUUUCUACUCUCGCAAGUGCUUCCCACUUAAGACCCAAAAAGGUAAACAGGCCGUGUCUGAAGGCUUCUAUGAGGACGAUGAGGCACCAGAGAGCAGCGGCGAUGGUAACGCGCAUGAAAUGCUUGUGUUAGAUCCUGAUCUUGAGUUCUUCCUGCGUACUUGCAAGCUCUUGUUGCAGAAUCGCAAUUCUGCUGUUAUCGUCAGUGUUGUCCGAUGUUUCCUUUACCUCGGUACUCCAGAGUACCUUGAUGCCGCCAUUGGUCCCUUGGUUGCGCUGCUUCGGAGUCCGCAAGAUACGCAACAUGUCGCGCUUUACAAUAUUGUUGCCGUUGCAUUAAAGCACCCUAAGCCGUUCACAAAAUAUGCGACACACUUUCUAGUCCACGCGGUAGACCCGCCUCAUAUUUGGCGUCUCAAGUUGGAAGUGCUCACGUUAAUCUUCCCCCACUGCGGACUGCACUUGAAAGGUGUGAUCCUGAGUGAACUUGAACAUUUUUCACAAAGCGCAGAUCCAGACCUAGUGCGGGAAAGCGUACGUGCCAUAGGACGCUGCGCACAAAGUGAUCCCAGAACUGCUGAUCACUGUCUCUGCGUCCUUUUGGGCCAAAUCACAAGUCUUGACGAUAAUCUUGUUGCGGAGUCACUGACUGUCGUCAGACAUCUCAUUCAGCAGGACCCACCUUCUCACGAGAAGACAGUCAUUCAGCUUGUGAAGCAUCUGGGUCUAAUGAAGAAUCCAGAUGCUAGAGCAACGAUUGUCUGGCUAGUCGGAGAAUUUGCGGGCGUCGAGCCAGAGAGAAAUAUUGCGGCUGAUAUCCUCCGCAUUCUGGUACAAGACUUUGCGAAUGAAUCAGAGGCUGUUAAGCAGCAAAUUAUCCUUCUCGGAGCUAAGGUUUAUCUGCAUCACCUGUUGCGAAACCCUCCCAAGGAGGCGCCCCCACCGGAGCCCAAGCCUGAGAGAAUUAUCAACGAGUGGACAGAGACUGAAGAGGACCAGAAAGAGGAAACCGGAGACGAAGAGAAACCGAGUGAGGAACCAGAGGAAGAUCAAAUGACUUUGCUCUGGCGGUACCUCCUACUUCUUGCUAGAUAUGACUCUUCUUACGAUCUUCGCGACCGAGCCCGUCUAUACAAGGCAUUGCUUGCCUCUCCCUCUUCUACACAACUGGCUAACCUGCUCCUGCUUGCACCGAAGCCCGUUCCCCACGCCCCAAGCCCAUCGGAGACGCGCAAAGAUCUGCUGGUCGGCUCCUCGACCCUUGUCGUUGGCCCUGAUGCUGGUAUGCUUGGCUUGAAAGGCUAUCAGAAUAUCCCAGACUGGGUUGAGUCGGGACAAGAGCCUGAUCCUCGCCUCCGGGAGAAUGAGAUCAAGCCAGACUUCGCAGAGAAGUCUUCCAUGACUGCGGGCAAGCGGCUUGACCGAGCCCUUAAAGACCAUGAGACUAGCGUUGCAACUUCAAGCAGGCAACAGAAUGGCCGGGUCGGAGCGGGUGGCUCCUCAUCCAAAGGAAAGUCACUCGACGAAUGGCUAGAAGAGGCCGAGACAGAAACCGAGGAAGAGACAGAGACAGAGGAAGAGGUGACUGACUCUGAGUACGAGGAGGUGACGGAUGAAGAGGAAACGGACGAAGAGGAGGAGACAGAUGAGGAGUAUGAAACCGACUCGGAGGAGCAUGAGCAGACUAUGGGACUCUUGAAGCAGUGAUACCCAGGAUUAGGGAUGAGGAGAUGUGUAUAGACUAGCUGCAUAAAUCGAAGAUUAUAUAUCUGCAAACCCGAC